AUCGUUCAUUUGUCUGCCUGUUUCACAGAUUUCACCUCAUCUCUACCGCCGUAUUCGUGCUACUUUCAAGACUUUGUUCCACACUCUGCCUCAAGCCUGCGAUGCCACGUCUACACCAUCCUCACUGAGCAAGCCCAUAAAGUCUGGAUUCUGAAUUGGCAUGGCAACGCUGUGCCGCAUGUGCACCGAGUAAGUCGCGUGGAUGAGACUUUACUUCAUGGACCACGUCUAUAG